UAAUAAAACAUAUAAAUGAACGAAAUCGAUCAUCUACUGCUCCUUUGUUCGUGAUCGAUAAACAACAAUAAAGACUAAAGUUCGAGGUUAUGUUAUUCAUUUUGCCUUUAUCAGAUGGGUUGUGCUAAAUUUGAUUAAACGAACGUAGGAAUUAUCUUAUGUGAAUCUUAUCGGUUUUGUUGUUCAAAGUCGCUAUUAACCGGCGUCACCUUUAACUCAUCAAAAUGGACUUGUUAAAAUUACCUUUGAUUUCUGUUAAAUCAAAUUUAAACAGUGCAUUUGCUAAUAAAGAACCAUGGCAAAUUGUAACCAUAACUACCUCAAGUGUACUUUUGACUGUUUGGCUAUACGAAUUUAUUUUCCAAGAUGAAUGCAUUGUAAAAAGAGCAAAGAAAGCUGGGUUUAAAAUUUUAAGAUACAUUCCUGCCAUUAGGGAUAAGAUUGAUUCGGAACUGAAAACACUAGCUGAUUCAUUCGAAUCAGAUGUGCAAAAAAGGACCAAAGACUUACCUUAUAUUUGUGAUUUACCAUUAAGUGGACUGAAAAAAAAUGAAAUAUUGGAGGUCUUAAAGAAAAACUUAAAUUUAAGUAAUUAUGAUUGGAAGAAUGGCAUGGCCUCAGGUUCAGUUUACUGUUACAAUGAAGAACUGAUUUCACUAAUCGCCGAUGUUUACGGGCAAACUUCAUACACGAACCCCCUUCAUCCCGAUUUGUUCCCCGGUUUAUGCAAACUGGAAGCGGAAAUCGUUCGUAUCGCGUGCAAUUUGUUUCACGGCGACGAAAACUCUUGCGGCACGAUGACCAGCGGUGGCACAGAAUCGAUAAUGAUGGCAUGCAAAGCUUUCCGGGAUUACGGACGGGAAGUGAAAGGUAUAAAACGGCCGGAAAUCGUGGUACCUACCACCAUUCACUGCGCCUUCGAUAAAGCAGCCCAAUACUUAGGAUUGAGGAUCAAAUCUAUCCCAGUUGACCCAAAUACCCUCCAAGUCGACAUCAAAGCGAUGAAAAGGGCCAUCACCUCUAACACCGUUUUACUUGCCGGUUCCGCGCCGAACUUCCCCUACGGUACCAUGGACGAUAUUCAAGCGAUUUCGGAGUUGGGGCUGAAGUACGACGUUCCCGUGCACGUGGACUCGUGCCUGGGUGGGUUUUUGACAUGUUUCAUGGAGGAUGCUGGCUUUCCCAUUCCCCUAUGUGACUUCCGGUUGCCGGGUGUGACCAGUAUUUCGGCCGACACCCACAAAUACGGUUAUGCCCCCAAAGGAACUUCGUUGGUGCUCUACAGGGAGAAGAAAUAUCGCCAUCAUCAGUACACGGUGACCACCGAUUGGCCUGGCGGUGUUUAUGGAUCGCCGACCGUUAGUGGGUCGAGAGCUGGAGGAAAUAUUGCCGUUUGUUGGGCAUCUCUUCUUUAUUUCGGUAAGGAGGGAUACGUUAAGGCUACCAGAGAUGUUGUGUUUAACACCAAAUACGUUGAAAAGGGGCUGAGAAGGAUUAAAGGUAUAUUUAUUUUUGGCCAACCUGUGACGAGUGUCAUCGCAAUUGGUUCGAACGACUUUGAAAUUUACAGACUGUCGUCGGCCCUAAACGAACUUGGAUGGAAUUUGAACGUCCUCCAGUUCCCCUCUGCCAUUCAUAUUUGUUUGACAACCAUGCACACUCAAGCUGUUGCCGAAAAAUUCUUAAACGACGUCAAAAAGUCUGUUGAAGAGAUUAUGAAACAGCCAAAUAUACCUGCUGAGGGAAAGGUUGCGUUGUACGGUAUGGCACAAAGUAUACCCGAUCGUAGUAUCGUAGGUGAUUUUACCCGUUUUUAUUUGGAUUCGUUGUAUUAUAUUCCUAAGAAAGAAGAUUAAAAUACUUGUUCAGUAUAUGUACUUAUUACAAAGUUGAUGUAUUUUUGUGUAAAUUAUAUAUGAAUUGUUUUAAA